AUGUUCUGCAUCUACUUCCUCAUUGUCUUUGAUUGCAACAUCCUCCUGGUCAUGGCCCUGGACCACUAUGUCGCCAUCUGCUACCCUCUCUGCUACUCGGAGAUAGUGACAGGCCAGUUGCUGGCUGGCUUCCUGGGGGCGGCAGCUGCCAGGAGCACUUGCAUCGUUGCUCCAGUGGUGGUGCUGGCCUCCAGGGUUCAUUUCUGCCGCUCAGACGUGAUCCAUCACUUUGCCUGUGAGCACAUGGCCCUAAUGAAGCUCUCCUGUGGGAAUAUCUCCCUAAACAAGACUGUGGGGCUCACUGUCCGCAUCUUCAACAGAGUCCUGGACAUGCUGCUGCUAGGAGCCUCCUACUCCCGCAUUAUCCAUGCUGCCUUUCGAAUUUCAUCAGGCAGAGCACGUUCCAAGGCCCUGAACACCUGUGGCUCCCACCUGCUGGUCAUCUUCACCAUCUACUCGUCCACCAUGUCCUCGUCCAUUGUCUACCGCGUGGCCCGCACUGCCUCCCAGGAUGUGCACAACCUGCUCAGUGCCUUCUACCUGCUGCUUCCAUGUCUGGUUAAUCCCAUCAUCUAUGGGGCCAGGACCAAGGAAAUCAGGCAGCACCUGGCAACUCUCUUCCAACGGGCACAACACCAGGUCUCCAGUGAGAAGCUCCAGCCCCUGCCCUCACAUAGGGAACUUCCUGCCUGA